AGCGAAGACGUUGCUGUGAUGUUCGGUCGAUAAUAGCAUAGCUUAUAGAGAUAGAUCGCGCAAUGCGCGGUCAGUACACCGAACUGAAGACAUAAUUAAAAAGAGAGAAAACAGAUGGAGCUGGACCUCUCUGUUGCACGACCGAUGGAGUGAGGAACCAGGCAUCAGGGGAGGAACGCAAUAAGACAAGCGGGGAAGUGUACUUGACGAAGUCACCGAUUAGAAUGAGAGGUCCGGCUCCAGCUAUUACUCUUUCUUAUUAAUUACGGCUUCAGCUCCGUUCACAGCCGUGCAGUCUAUCUCUUCAAGUCUAUGAACAAUAGUAGAUGCACUGUUUUUUCGGUUUUUUCUAACACAUGAAAAAGAAUCAGAGGUGUCAGUGAGCCAUACCACCACUACGCUACAGAUCGCGUACUGAUCACUGAACUUGAGUUUAGACACUCUAAACUUGAGUAUAGUUCAGUGGUAUUGGAUCUGGUAUAAUCGUUGAGCUCGAUAAGUUACCAUUCGAUUUUUGUGUCACACCACAUACUGAAUAUGUAGAAUAGCUUGAAAUUAGGCGCUUGCACUACGAGGAUGGCUUGAACAAUUGGUCUAUCUCGAACCGAUUUUAUUACUGUUGCCGCAGUUCAUGUCAACAUGAAAAAAAUUGCACCGGAAUAUAUUCAAGAAUUUACUGCUAUCUGACUGAUCAGGAUGAAUAGGCAAACGUUACAUUAUGGGGUAAAGAGGGUAUCGGAAGGUCUCCCUCCUCCAUGUGAGGUUCAUCCGGGAAUCAAGCUGUAUACUACGUCUAUCAGAAUUCACAAUAGUAAUUGUAACAUAUCUACGUCGCAACGAUCAGAUGCAAGAAAUAUUUACCAGUUUUUUAGAUGGGUAUGUCUGAUCGCCGGGAUAUUUCAUGGUGCCGAUAAACUGAAGAAACUUAAAUUGAUUGAGGAGCCCCUCCAGAAACAAGCCAAGAUAGCGAAUGAACACCGUCAGAAGCGGCUGGCUCAGGAAAAAGCAAUCGCAGCGAAAGAGAAUCGUGCGCGAUUAACCCGCAUAGUCAAGCUCGCAGAAGCUGAAAUCGCGGCGCUGAACGUGACAACUGACGACGGAAACAAAACGCCAAAGUGAUCUUGCUGCGAGGAGGGACGUAUAAUUAUUUUCCCGACUACAGCGGACUCGCGCCCAUGAUAUUCCAGCAAAUACCAA